AUGUUGAGUCUUGCUUUAUGGUCACCAAUUUUACGAGACCAGAUGCAAAUGAAGAGGUUUCAUUUCCCUAAAAAUGUACAUGCAUUUCUUUUGGAUAAGUUCUUUCACGAAAAAAAUCCAUUGACAUACGCAAUGUGCUCAUUAAAGAGAACCACUCAAUUUGUAUCACUACUUCUCAAAUUAAAAAGGACAUUUUAUUCUAGUGGCUUACUUGACCACUUAAGGUCCCCUUCUGCCACCUACGUUAUUAGCCUUCCUUUUUAA